AUGAAAAAAAAAAAUAUCGCGGCGACCACUAGCUACGGCAAGGUGAAAAGCCGUGUGAACCGUUAUGAUAUGAAUGGUUCCUACAAUUUUAAUGAGUCCAAGAAUGGUGGAAAGGUGCCAGGAGGAGGUACUCCGGGGGAGGGGAAGAAGAGUCGGGCGGAGGCGCCCCCCGUCGGUAAGGCCGCCAAUGGCGCAGUGAAUAGCACCGCGAUGAGUAACCUCCAGAAUAGCACUCAUAAUAACACUCAUAAUAACACUCAUAAUAACGCUCAUAAUAGCACUCAUAAUAGCACUCAGAACAGCACCCAGAACAGUGGCGGAGGAAAUCCCCACCAUGCGCAGGCGACAAAAUAUGUUAAGAGCGCCUAUCCGUAUGAUUACAACGCGUACGGCCCCAAGAAAGUUGGAGAGCACAAGGAGAAAAUGAAAGGUUCCAUGAAGAGUGCGGGUCACGCAGGCGACAGUGGUGCACACGGUGAGGGGAGAAGUAGUCAGGCGACCACGAACAACGCCGGUGUCCCGGAUAGUAAGGCUACCCGCGAAGCAGGAGCGUAUAAGCCCAUUGUGAGUGGCACAAAAGGGAGUGGGGAUAACGCAAACGGGGCUAACGCCAUUGGGGUGAACCCCAGUGGAGCCAAUUUGAGUCACGCAAAUGGAGGCAGAAGGCAAAACACAGGGCGGAAAGGAAACAGAGACGAGAAUUUAAACGAAGAAGUCAGUCUGUUGAGGGAAAAAAUAUGCUUUAAAAUGCUCAAAAGCAUAGAUAUAUACAUCACGGAAAUAAUCAUGAAGUCGUCAUUUGUUACCGUGUACAAAAUGAAGGAAGAUGAACUAAAAUGGGUUCGAGCGGACAUUGAGGGUUUCCUUUACAUCGUUAGGAGGUCCAUAAAGCCAACGUACCGACUUAUAAUUACAAACAAAAAAAACGAAAACCAUUUAGUACAGGACAUCCACGGACGUUUCAACUUGUCCACAGAUCAAAAUUAUAUUUUUUAUCGAGUACAUAAUGAAGAGAGUAACCUGAAGAGUACCUACAGUUUGUGGUUUUAUAGCACCGAGGAAAAGGAGAAGAUAUAUAGUAUGCUGAGAGAGUUAGUGGACAGAGGGGCGGUUUCUCCAUCCGUCAGUGGCACCGCUAAUCUGGGAAGCUCGGACAUUAGCGGCGUUGCGACUGGCGCCAAUGUCGGCUAUGUACACAGUAAAAAUAUUAACUUUAUACUGUCCAAAGGUGAGAGUAGCGUUAACGAAGGAUCUGCGAUAGCAGGGAUCGCGGCAGGAGGAAUCGCAACAGGAGGAGGAUCGAUUAUCGGAGCGAAACCGAACGAUUCUUCGUCCAAGAACGUCCUAAUGAAUGGACACAACGAGGACCUUCUCAAGGGAGGGACGAACCACGUAGGGGUGGUCAGCGGCGGGGAGAACAACGUGCAGAGAAAGGUAAAUGCAAAGAACGUCAUCCCCAUGAUGGCACAAGACAGUGGCAGAGAUAACGAUUAUGAAAAGAGUUUUGAAUUGAUUGGGAAUAAUAAGCUAGAGAAUUUAUAUGCGAAGAUGAACUUCCCCCUGGGUGAGGGGGGACAUAUACCCCCAGGAGCUGCCAACACGAUUUAUGGGAAUUAUUUGAAGCACUUAUAUAAGGGUAGUGGAGCUGGAAGCGGAGGCGUGAACGGGAUGGAGGCCAUUGGACAGAGAAGCAAAAUGAAGGAUGCCCCUGGGGAGGAAGACCUCGCUGGAUGCGAUUCGAAUGUGAAAGGGGUGGCGCAACAAAACAGCGUCGAUUUUAAUGACAAGGCUGGAAGGAAAUUGCUCUACCUCAUUAAGGGGCUGCCCAUGGAAGGUGAAAGGGGCGAUGAGAGGGCCGUCCAAGACGGAAGCCAUAAUUUGAAAAAGUUCCCAGGGUAUGAUUUUUACGAGGAUAGAAAGAGCGAAGAUAUGCCAAGGGGUGGUGGAGGUGGAACGAGCAACCCUGUUGUGAUGGAUCCAAAGGGAGGAGGAGGUGGUGAUGAUGGCGGCUAUACGAAUGACAAGGGCAGCGCCAUUUCCGGAGGAGAAGCCAUCAUGAACCUACUUGGAUUGAGCAAGAGCGGCGACGUGAAGGAGGACCAGGCGGAGGAUAAGAAGAAGAAAAAGAAGAAGAAAGGCGGAAGUGGGGAAGUCCCCGCCGCCGGGGGUGCCAAUGGAACUGCAGUUGUGAAUGCCAGUGUCAGCGCCGUUGCUAGCGGUGAUAGCCAAGGAAUGACCCAGAUGAGUAACGUGCUUGGUGCCAAAGAGCUCGAGGGCAACAUGCAAACCAGAGGGCUUCAUCCUAGGGAGAUGCAACUGAGGGAGUUGCAGUUUAGGGAGAUGCAGCUCAGGGAGAUGCAACUCAGGGGGAUGCAGCUAAGGGGGAUGCAGACGAAUGGAAUGCAGAUGAAUGGAAUGGUGAUGAAUGGGGUUCCCAUUAAUGGACUCCCGCCUAACGGGAUACCGCAUAACGAACUUCCGCAUAACGAGUUGCAGAUGAAUCACCCGCAAGGGAACGACGUGCAGAUGCUCCCGUUCCACGAGGAAGAGAUAAACGGGAAGGCCAUCAACUACGCAAAGGGAAAAUCAGACCGUAGUGAAGAGCCCCUAAACAAUAACCAUCCCGUGGAGAGAGCCUACCUGGAUAGACCAUCAUUUCAGAAUAACUCCAUCGAAAGUCUUCACAGCAAAGAGGUCGAAAUGAGUAAUGGAAGCAUGGACGAUGAGAAAAACAUGACAAAUGCUUUGCUUGAUAUUAUUAAGCAAAAAGCUGACAGAGCGAACCAGGUGCACGGGAUUGAAGGUAUAAAUCAUCACGGGGGUCAUGAUGGCAUAAACGAUUUCAACACUGAUUCGUACGACAUGUUGUUGAAGAUGCAGAGCGCUGGUGGAAGUGGAGAGAGGAGGGCUAAGAGUGGCCAUCGAAUGACCAACCGGAUGGGGAGUCACGUUGGGAGCCAUCUUGGAAGCCAACUGGGAAGCCAUCUCGGGAGUCACCUGGAUACCCGUAGCCACAACGGCCCAUUUGAUGAGGGCGAAAUGCCAGGGAGAAAUAACCACCCACGGUACAUCCCCCACGAUAAGCAGCUGCUCAAGUAUGAAGACGAGAGGACGGACAGCUACAACGGCAUGGAGGACUAUAAAAACAGGAGCAUCCUUCUGAGCAGGAACACCAUCCAUAACGUCAUCAGGGAGACUUUGCAGUCGGACGAGUUUGUUAAUUUGUUGUGGAAAAAGUUGGUGACGAGCAAAAAUAUUAUGUAA